UGUGUGAAAAUACGCUGCAACUGCGGUAAUUCCAAAUAAAUUAUGAAUAGUAAUAAAAAAAGGACUACGAUUAUGUUGACAGUUAGUUCAAGUUGAUCAUCCAAUCCGGUCCGAACUAAUCGCUUUUAAACGGGUGACGCGAUUAGGGUAAUCAGAGGAUGUUAGAUUGGGGGUUGCGAGGGCGAAGGAAGCGGCGGCGGCUGCGACCAGUUGUUAUCUAGAUUCCAUUUGUUUUUAUUUUCAUUGUUCCGUUUGAAUUGGACCACGUACCCCCCGCCAUCAACGAUGUGUGUUCGUUUCGACCAAUGGGAGAGGGCCGUCGGCGUCGACCAAUCACAGCCGUAUCGCCGCAUAAAGUCGAGCUCAUCAGCAGUAUGGCUGUCAGUAUAAAUUUGAACCUUGUGUGAUGGACUUCUCCUCUGUGUUCUCCGUUAAUAAAAAGGGAUCCCAUGUGAAUUUCGAACGCCACGGGAAACGGACGAGAUGCUACACAAUGAAUAAUAAAGUCCCGUAGACAGGAUAACAACCAUUCUAAAAAACUAAUAAUAAUAUUAAAUUAUAACAUUGCCCUCCACACACUGCGCAAUCAUUCAUUUUGGCCGAUGUAGGAAGCUGAUGAUCCCAAGAUGACCUCAAGCAGAUUGGACAGGUUGUUCGUGCUGCUGGAGACGGGCAGCACCGCGGUGACGAGAUCCGCGGCCGCCAAGCAACUGGGAGAGGUGCAGAGGUUGCAUCCGCACGAGCUUGUUACGCUCUUGACGAGAACGACCGCAUAUCUGAAAUCGAGCAAUUGGGAGACGAGGGUCGCAGCAGCGGAGGCCGUCAGAGCAAUAGUUGCGAAUGUGCCGCAAUGGAAUCCCUUGCCGAUGGAAGCAACAACUUCCGAAGAGGAAACCUCGACGAUGCCGUUAUCGUGCGUCGGCAGACUGAAGUUCGAUCAGUUCGAUAUGGCCAAAGUGUUGUCCAACAGUUCGCACUUGAUGGCUUCCGAGGGCAAGGAAUACGACGUAGAGCAGUCUUCUUUAGCGAUCGAUAUGAAAGAGAAAAUGGCGAAACAGCGGAAGCUGCUGAACAUGCGUCUUGGCCUAGACGUUGUUUCCAAGAUCGGUCUGGAUGUGUCCGGUAUCUUCACCAACGAGGAUUUGGCUGGAGACAUGAAGGUGGAGGAAGAUGCGCCGUCGCCACCGCCGCCAGACAAUCGAAAACCACUUCGUGAUUUAAUAUCGUCGGCAAGCGAAGUUGGCUUGAGUUCACGCGAGAAGAACAGAGCUAAAAGAAUGGCUAGGCAGGCGACGAGCAAGCAGAGGUCAAAAGAUCCGGCCGAGGAUGGAUCCGAUGAGCCGGAGAAGAAAAAAAUAAGAAUCGAGGAUAACAAGGAUGAGAACUUGCAAAAUAUAGAGGAACUGAACGAGAGCGGUGAUUGGCCGUUGGAAUGGUUCUGUGACCAGCUGUGCCAGGAUUUGUUUUGCGCGAGUUGGGAGUCGAGACACGGUUCGGCGACGGCUCUGAGGGAGGUGAUUUCGGUGCACGGCAGAGGCGCCGGGAAGUCGCUCUACCAGACAAGAAGUCAGAUGAUCGAGCAGCACCAGAUCUGGUUGGAGGAUAUGGCUAUAAGGUUGCUCUGCGUUUUAGCUCUCGAUCGUUUUGGAGAUUUCGUAUCGGAUGCGGUCGUGGCGCCGGUACGGGAAACGUGCGCGCAGACGCUGUGCGCCGUUCUUAAGCUCAUGGAUGCUAAUGGCUGUAGAGGAGCUUUGGCCGUCAUCCUCAAGCUGCUGACGCUGGAAGACUGGGAAGGACGACACGGCGGUUUGUUGGGUUUAAAGUAUUUGCUAGCCGUGCGCGAAGACAUGAUUGAGCUGCUACUGAAGGAUGCCCUGGAUUCCAUACUGAAAGGGCUGUCCGAUCCCGUCGAUGACGUGGGUGCUGUGGCCGCCGCAGCCUUGAUACCAGUCGCAGGAAAAUUGUUGGUACUCGUUCCAGAUUCCAUAGCUAUCAUCGUGCAGAAGCUGUGGGAUCUGCUUUCCGAACAGGACGAGUUGGCUGCCGCCUGCAACAGUUUUAUGGGUCUUCUGGCGGCCAUCCUCAGCUUACCCGAAGUGGAGAAAUACCUUCCACCUCAGCCACUCAGCGAUGUCGUCCCGAGGUUAUGGCCGUUCCUCAGUCACGGCACUUCAUCCGUGAGGAAGGCGACUCUUCAAACGUUGGGCACACUGACGAAGAGUAACUCCAUGCAAUGGGAAGCACAGCUUCUUCAGGACGCGCUGCGUCACGUCUUCCAGAGGGUGCUCGUAGAAUCACUGGCAGAUGUCAGAAAUGUGGCGGAGAAGGUGUGGAGACAGCUGCUGGAAAAUUCCGGUCUGGUGGAGCUUCUGCACGCCUCCUGUCCGUUCAUCAGCAUUUGGUUGUGUCUCAGCAUGCAGUCCGUGCGAAUUCCUUUCGACUGCAACCUGAUGAUCCAGGCGAAGACAAGCCGCGAGCGCAAAUACAAACUCGAAGGAGUGCAGAACUUUGAAAACAAUAUAGUGAUUCCGAAAUGGUAUAUUGGCGGCACCGAAACCGUCCCGGUUGCCACCAGAGAGGCGAACGCAGUCGAGGUACGUUGCAUGGCCUCGCGAAUGCUCGGUCUUCUCUCCUGCUACAUAGUGCAACCAGCGCCCGGUGUCAGUUACGAGAAUACGGAAAAACCCAUCGAAUGCUACGAGAAGAUCCUGCUCGCCCAUCUGGGCACAAAAUCCGCAUUGCAACGGAUGGUCGUCGGCUUGGUGAUGUCUGAAUGGGCGCAGCUUGAAACCACGAUCUCUGAGUGCCCCGAAAAUAUAAGCAACAUCCUGAACACCUGCCUCGGCGAUUUCGUAUAUUACGACGAAAUCGCGCACAGCUUUACGCGUCUCGCACAAGAGACGAAGGAUUUCAUUGCCACUCUGAAGCACUACAAAGUUCCUAUAAUCAUCGAAAACGAUAGUGUCCUCACGCUGGUGCACAUCGAGGAGCUAACUGGCAAAAAAACCAAGGAGAUUCUCGUCAAGUAUAAGCUGAAGCCCAAAGUGUUGGAGAGCUUGGAGGAGCGGCGCAAGAGUAUCCAUAAUUCUGUGGAGCAGACCACCAAAGAUCAGACGACGUUCAGCGUCAGCACAUUAGCUUCCAUUUCCGGAGCAUUGGUUUCGUUCAAAUCAUUGCCCGAAAAAUUGACGCCGGUUGUGAAGCCACUAAUGGAGUCGGUGCGCAGGGAGACCAACGAGCUGCUGCAGCAGAUCACCGCCAGACAUUUGGCCCGUCUUUUGGAUCAGUGCCGUCUGCGCACCCCUAACCCCAACGACAAGAUCGUCCAAAAUUUGUGUACCUUUCUCAAGUGUGAUCCGGAGUUUACGCCUUUUAUAAAAGAUGAACCCGUCGGUGAAAAUUCCAAAAGCACCAGCUCGAACAAUAAUCACCUACCACUAUGGAAUCGUACCGCUGGUAAUUACUGUGGUAUCGUGACGUUGAGCAAUCAGCAGAAACAUGCGGAACGAGUAGCGUACAAGCGAUCGAAUUCGACGGGUCGCGGACCCGGAAGGCCCCCGGCUACAGAUAUGCCUCUGGAAGAGCUUUUUAAAGAUGAUGACGAAGGCCAGAAGGCGAAUCGGAUUCAGAGACGUGGUGCGACUUUGGCGCUUACCGAAAUAACGCGGUACUUUGGCGCCGAGUUGCCGGAAAAGGUGCCCAAACUGUGGGACUUUAUGGUUAAGCAGUUGGAGGAGAUCGUAGACGUCGAGAAGUACGAACCUAAAGAGAUGUUGAACAAGAACGAGGACGCGGCGAAACUGGUGUGGGUGCUGCAAGUGCUGGAGGUGACCAGUCACAGCGUGCACGAGGAGCUGAGGCCCAAGUUAAUGGAGAUGUGCUUGGGUAGGUUGUGCGUGCUUCUGACACAUCCGUAUAGUGCUGUCAGGCACUUGUCCUCGAGGUGUAUCGCGGUGCUUGCGAAACUAGAUUCGGUGACGGUAAUGGAGAGCAUCGUCGAUAAGGUCCUUCCGUUGUUGGACGCCACGGAUUGCGAGGUUAAAAGGCAGGGCGCGGUGGAGGCGAUCGCAUGCAUGGUGGACACUCUCAAGUUAGAUAUAAUCCCGUAUGUUGUUUUGCUCGUUGUGCCGUUGCUGGGUCGAAUGUCCGAUCAGAAUCAGAGCGUUCGGUUAAUGGGUACGCAUAGCUUUGCCACGCUGGUGCAGCUUAUGCCUUUGGAUGGUGGUGUCCCGGAGCCGCCGAUGCUGGAGAACAGUUCGCUGAACAAGCAGAGGAAGAAGGAGCGAGAGUUUCUGCAGCAGCUGCUCUCGCCCACAUGUAUUCCCGAUUUUAAGGUGCCCAUCCCGAUUGACGCCGAGCUGCGAUCCUACCAGCAGGCGGGCGUCAAUUGGCUGGCCUUCCUCAACAAGUACAAACUUCACGGUAUCCUCUGCGACGACAUGGGUUUAGGUAAAACCCUGCAAAGCAUCUGCAUCCUUGCAGGCGAUCAUUACGCUCGCGACCUCAAGUACAAGCAGUUAAAGUGCCCGGACAGUGCACCACUGCCCUCGCUCGUGAUAUGCCCACCAACUCUAACCGGCCACUGGGUCUACGAGGUCGAGAAGUUCCUCUCCAAGAAACACCUUCGACCUAUGCAGUACAACGGCACGCCUGUCGAACGCGAAAAGCUGCGGCAGCGGUUCAAGAAGUUUCAUCUGAUCGUCGCCUCAUACGAUAUCGUCCGCAAGGACAUCUCAUUUUUCUCCACGAUCAAGUGGAACUACAUCAUCCUGGACGAAGGGCACAUCAUCAAGAACGGCAAGACGAGAACGAGCAUAGCCAUCAAGAAUCUGACGGCGAACCAUCGGCUCAUCCUCAGCGGUACGCCCAUCCAGAACAACGUUCUCGAACUGUGGAGUCUGUUCGAUUUCCUCAUGCCCGGCUUUCUGGGCACCGAGAAGCAGUUCACCGCGCGCUAUUCACGACCCAUCCUGGCCAGCAGAGACCCCAAGUGCUCGCCCAAAGAGCAGGAAGCCGGAGCACUCGCCAUGGAAACGCUCCAUCGACAAGUGCUGCCCUUCCUUUUGCGCAGGAUGAAAGAGGACGUUCUGGACGACCUUCCACCAAAGAUCACGCAGGACUACUACUGCGAACUGAGUCCGCUCCAGGAGCAACUGUACGACGACUUCUCCAGAAGUCAAGCGCACCAAACCCUACAGGAAUCCUUGUCAUCGGGAGCGACGGCAAGUUCCAUGCAGGGCAACACUCACAUAUUCCAGGCACUCAGGUACCUGCAGAACGUGUGCAACCAUCCAAAGCUGGUGCUGAAUCAGUCUCAUCCGCAGUUCGCGCAGAUCUCAGCUCAACUUCAGAAACAGGAUUCCAAGUUGGAGGAUCUCAGCCACUCGGCCAAGUUGCCAGCAUUGAAGCAAUUGCUGUGGGACUGCGGCAUCGGAGCACCGGAGAACCAAUCUUCCGAUUUGGUCAUCAAUCAGCAUCGAGCGUUGGUCUUCUGUCAGCUGAAGGCGAUGCUGGACAUAAUCGAGAAGGAUCUCUUCAAAUCGCACAUGCCUACAGUCACGUACCUUCGACUGGACGGAUCCGUUCCGGCCGGCCAACGACACUCCGUGGUCACCAGAUUUAACAAUGAUCCGUCCAUCGAUGUUCUCCUGCUGACGACGCAGGUAGGAGGUUUGGGCUUGAAUUUGACUGGAGCAGACACUGUGAUAUUCGUGGAACACGACUGGAAUCCCAUGAAAGACCUGCAGGCGAUGGACCGCGCCCAUCGAAUCGGACAGAGGAAAGUCGUCAACGUGUACAGGUUGAUCACCAGGAGUACGCUCGAGGAGAAGAUCAUGGGUCUGCAAAAGUUCAAGGUGCAGACUGCAAACACUGUGAUCAGCGGUGAGAACAGCAGGAUGGAAACGAUGGGCACUGAGCAGCUGCUCGACCUGUUCUCGCACAAACCAACUCCCGGAGGAGGAUCUCAGGAGGCUGGAUCGAGCUCCGGCAAACCCGGUGUUAAAUCCAUCUUGGAAGCGCUGCCCGAAUUGUGGGACGACAAGCAGUACGAAGACGAGUACGAUCUGUCCCAAUUCAUUUCCAAACUGAGAGACUGAUGUUGUCCCGUGAGUUGUCCUCGACCCAUUUCACAACACACACACACAUACUUAUGCUCACUCGACCCUCACCUAUAUUUCCCUCGUUCUCUUUCGCUCCCUCUGCGUCCUACUACCCUACUUGCUGCGACAUCCAGGACCCGUUUUCACACCGAAACUGGGUCUAGGAUAGCAGUAAAAUUCGCGCCGUUUCGACCCAGUUUCCCGGGGAAACUGGAGCGGCGCCGAACCUUGACCCUCAAAUCUCGCGACCAUCAUCGAUUGACCCAAUUCGAAGCGAAACUACCUAGUCUCAACCCUGACCCGCGAGGAUUUACCGUAGGACGACCGACCGCCACGAAUGAGAUGGAAGGAAGGACUUAGAUGGACACACAAAAGUGUUUAAAAGUUCUCCUCGUUUCGUUUUAUUUUAGUUUAAUCAAUUAGUGCUUAUAUUUAUUUGCAAUAUGUACGUCCCCUCUCACACGUGCUCUACAUUUUCGUAUUUAUAUAUUCCAUCCUUUUGAUUACUAUAAUCUCUCGUGUACAUACAAACACUGGCACACAUUUAUUGUGCAAAAUAUGUAUUUAACAUGUGUAACAUUCGAUUUACGGUUUAAUUUCUAAUUUUAUUUUAUGUUAGUCCUUUAAGGCGUUCAGAUUUAGCGCGUUAGUUUUGAUUAGGUUGUUUCUCCCUUCCUCUUCUAUCAAACCCAAUUAUUUUGGGUACAAUUCGAGUACUGCCUUCUAAAAAGAAAAUUUGAGUACACUCACAAUGCUACAUCAAUAAAACGUUUCUAUCCAAUUGGUGGAUACAUAUGUAGUUGAAUAAAGAUGUAUUAUUAUCUCUGA